AUGGCCCUCGCAGCUGCCAACAGCUUUUACUCCAGAAACCUGAAGGAAAACGAUCAGGAUGGGGUCAGCUACGUGGGCGACUUCCUGGAGAAGCUAAAACUCAUCAGGAAGGAGCUGGAGAGCCUGAGGGUGAAGCUGUCCCCGUACGUGGACGAGGUCCACCACAAGGUCGGCAAACACCUGGAAGAUCUUCGCUACCAGCUGCAGCCCUUCACAGAGGAGCUCCUGGACCAGGUGUCCCUGAAAGCCCGGGAGCUGCGGCGGCACCUGAUGCCCAGCCGGGAGGUGACAGCUCAGCUCCUGGAGGGCGCGGACGAGGCGCAGAAGUUCAUAGCUCAUUAUGCCGACAAGAUCUCGUUCCACACCGAGCAGGUGAAGGACAUUUUCCAGCCCUACGCCGACAGGCUGGUGACCGAGAUCCACCGCAAUGUGGAGGAGCUGCACAGGAACGUCGUCCCUCACACCCUUUAGCAGCUCAACCUGUACAUCCAGGAGCUCUCCGCCAAGCUGACCCAGAACGCCAGGGACCUGCACCAGAAGAUCCAGGGGAACCUGGAGCAGCUCAAGGCCAAGCUGAGCCUCUACCCCC